AUGCAGACAAGAAAAAGAGCAGUAGGAAGGAACUCUCGGGAUCUUGCCAGCCCAAGUGUUUCAAGACAGCAAAAGAGCUUGGUUCAAAAUGUGCAUCUUCAGACCAAGAAAGUUACGGAGCUAAUCACAUCCUCUGCACGGAAGAAAAAAGUUGUAGGUUCAAUUUCAAAGGAAACUCAGGACCCUAUUAAUGGAACAAAUUUGGAUACUGAAAUCAAAUUGGUCGAUGAUGAUUCAAGUAUGUGCUCGGGCUACCCUGCUGAACAUGGAUUGGAUAAUUCUUAUGCAAAUAAGGAUCUUGAUGAUGGAGCAGUCAACUGUGACACGGAUACCAUAUUUUCUCCUUCCUUCCAUAUUCCAAGAAGUGUUGGUGAGGAAAUUUCAAGUGAAGAAUUCUACAAUUUCUUUCAGCAUGGUAACGAGCAGUUUGAGGACUGCGAAAAGGAAAAUAUCCAGAUUGAUGGCCCUGGUGGUGUUGCUCUUUCUCCUGAAGUUUCUGCAAUAUAUCUAUCCAUGAAAAAUUCAAAUCUGGAAUGCAUUGACGAGAACAAUCAGGAUCACAUGUUAGCAGGUGUUUACCAAGAGGAAGAGGAUACUGAAGAAUAUGAUGAUUUUGAUCCAUACUUCUUCAUAAAGAAUUUACCGGACAUAUCGUCAGUGGUACCGGCAUUUCGGCCUUUUCUAUUGCCCAAGCAAACAAGAAGCUGCCCAACCACCUCACUUGUGCUGGAUUUAGAUGAGACUUUGGUGCACUCUACUCUAGAACCAUGUGAAGAUGCAGAUUUCACAUUUACGGUCAAUUUUAACCUGACGGAUCACACUGUAUAUGUCCGAUGCCGUCCUCAUCUUAAAGAUUUCCUGGAAAGAGUAUCCGCACUUUUUGAGAUUAUAAUUUUUACUGCCAGUCAAAGCAUUUACGCAGAGCAACUUCUGAAUGUGCUCGACCCGAAAAGGAAAAUCUUCCGUCAUCGUGUGUAUCGUGAUUCCUGUGUGCUUUUUGAUGGAAACUACCUCAAAGAUCUGUCAGUUCUUGGCCGUGAUCUGGCACGCGUAAUUAUAAUCGAUAAUUCUCCUCAGGCUUUCGGUUUCCAAGUGGACAAUGGAAUACCUAUAGAGAGCUGGUUUGAUGACCGUUGCGAUACCGAACUGUUGUUGCUGCUUCCAUUUUUGGAAAGUUUAGUUGGGGCUGAAGAUGUAAGGCCUCUGAUCGCCAAAAAGUACAAUCUUCGGGAGAAGGUAGAUGCUGCUGUUUGUCCUUUGGAGUAUGAAAGAUGA